AAGCUCUCGCGAGGCCGCGGCGGCGCUGUUGCUGUGGUUCCCUCGGCUGGGGCGGCGCUAGCGUUGGCGCCGCGGCCCGGCCCGGAUGUUGUUGUUUCUCCCCCUCCCCGGAUAAUGAAGGGCGCUUCCUGCCCCUGAGCCGCAACGACGCCGGCUCAGCCUCGCCGGUGGACCCCGGCCGCCUGCCCGCUCCUUAUCCGGACACACAGCGCGGCCCGGCUAUGGCGGAUUUCGACGAGAUCUACGAGGAGGAGGAGGACGAGGAGCGGGCGCUGGAGGAGCAGCUGCUGAAAUACUCGCCCGACCCGGUGGUGGUGCGCGGCUCUGGCCAUGUCACCGUAUUUGGACUGAGCAACAAAUUUGAAGCAGAAUUCCCUUCUUCUUUAACGGGAAAGGUCGCACCUGAGGAAUUUAAAGCCAGCAUCAGCAGAGUUAACAGUUGUCUUAAGAAGAACCUUCCAGUUAAUGUUCGAUGGCUACUUUGUGGUUGCCUUUGUUGCUGCUGUACAUUAGGUUGUAGUAUGUGGCCAGUUAUUUGCCUCAGUAAAAGAACACGAAGAUCGAUUGAGAAGUUAUUAGAAUGGGAAAACAAUAGGUUAUACCACAAGCUGUGCUUGCAUUGGAGACUGAGCAAAAGGAAAUGUGAAACGAAUAACAUGAUGGAAUAUGUCAUUCUGAUAGAAUUUUUACCAAAGACACCGAUUUUUCGACCAGAUUAGCAUUUGCUUUAUUUAUAGAGACUUAUCCAAGUAUGUUGUCUUUCCAAUGGUGCCUUGCUUGGUGCUCUCCUGGUGGUGAUAUAGCAUUGGUUCUACAAAUUAUUGUGGUGUUUUUUGUUCUUUUUGUUUUUUAAUAACAGCAUGUUCUAAGUGCAUUUUGUCAAAAUUUGCAAAAGUCAUUUCAUGCAAAUGUUAAGUACUACUUAAGUUAUUACUUGUACUUAUUAUGUUUGUUAAUGUAUCUUGAUUUUCAGAGAGUCUUUUAUAUGUGUGUGUGUAUAUAUACAUAACAUAAAUAUACAGCUGAAAAUAGCCUACAAGCGAGCAGACUUUUUUUAACCCAUAAUACGCAUAAUGAAUUGACUGUAAAUUGUGGAAGUUCUUUUAAUCUUUAACCUGUAUACCUAAGUAACUUCUAUGACCCUCUCCAGAUUUUGCCUGUGACAUUCUAGUUGUAUAUUUUUAUUUUCCCUUUUUUUGCGGUGGGUGGGGGAACGAAGGUAAUAUCAGCCAGCCACCUCUACUGGGAUAAUAAGCUAUGCUUGUUUGAAACUGUCCAUUUUGGAACCCAAAUGUCAAUGCACCAUUAGAAGUCUCUGUGCUCUUUUGUGAAGAAAUCUAUCAGCUGGUUCUGAAGAAAUUGUACCUUAAAGGUUAAUAAACCAGAAUUCAAAGUAUUUUACUUAGACUAGAAAAAUAAUGGAAAGGUUUGCAUGCAUCUAAUAAUUACUAGAGCUCAGGAUCACAAAAAUACAUUAGUAUUGGAACUUAUAAUGUAUAUAUCUUAAUUCAGGUUAAUGCCAUGUAACAGCUUUACUCUUUACUUCUUAUUGUUUACCAGAUCUUGUACACAAGGGUGCAAAAAUAUUUGUUUCAGUAAAUUUAUUGUCCCAAGAAAAUAUUUUUCGGAUUUUUUAGGGUUUUUUUAAAAUGCAUUUAUAACCUCACACAGGCAGUUGUUUGAGAGAAAUCUUGAAAAAUACAGUUCCAGACACAAAUGCAGACGGAUGCCAUGUAUCACAAAAUUAGUCAAAGCAGGGUACACUGGACAAUAGUGAGAACUUAAGAAAUGUAUUGGAUAAAUAUUUAUUGCACCCUGAUUUCUUCCCAUUUAGGUUUACAAGGUUUAUUUUCUGCACAAAUACGAUUUAAAAAAAAAACUGGAUAUGUGAUGUAUGCUUGGGUCAGGCCAGUUCUAUUUCAUUCUGUUACUUAUCUCAGUUGGUUGUACAUAUCUUCAUAUAUGUUUGUUUUUAAUAGCUACUCAGAAAUCUUAUUUUUUAGUUUGUUCUUUGUAUGUCUGGAAUUACCAUACAUGAACAUUAAUGUAUGCUAAGAAACUGUUCCUCAUACAUCUGUGGUAGCAAGCAAUAAUGUGAAUUACUAUGACAAACAAAUAUACUCUGCAUAAUAUUCGUAUGAAUGAAAAGUUGAUAUCACUACAUGAAUACCUUUCUCUUUUUACUCUUUUAAAUACAAGUUUCAUUUCUCAUUAAUAUAUACAAGUACCUGGAUGUUAUGAACUAUUUUUGUAUACGUCUUCAAAAUAGUUAUUCUCUAUAAAUCUUCACUAGCGAAUGUCGUAUUCAUUGUUUGAUAUUGGGAGCUGUCUAGAAAGGUCAAGGGUUUUCUCUGAAUUAUCUUAAUCUGUGUUCUCUAUAUAUGCCCCAGAAUAGAGAUCUUCCAUUACUCAGCUUUUAUCUAUUGAAGAAAGGAGCUCUUGUGUUUUUUGUGUAAGCUGCAGGUAUGCUUUACUGUUAUCAAAGUUCUCAAUGGACUGUAUAAAAUAGCUCUUUCAUAGACGUAUUGUUGAGUAUCUGUUAUCCCUUUCAGUUCUCCAUUGGUAUUUCAUUAAUGAAGAAGUGGCUGAGUGGCUGAAAGAUUUUCACUUGAGGUAUAUCUCUUGUAAAGUUUAUAUGUGGUACUACCCUGUGUUAACACAAGAGCCAUGACUGCUCAAGGUGUCAAAUUUGUAUUAACCAAAUGGAUGUCUGUCUAAUUUUAUCAGACUUUGCAGCUUGAUCCUUGAUAUGAAGGACAAGUCAAAAUAUAUGAAAUGCUCUAAGAAGCAGUUCUCAUCACACUCAAUGUCUCUGACUUGGGUUGGCCUCCAGAGAGACUCAGGAGUUUGGGAUCAUUGAGGCAGUUAUGGCUGACCAAGAUUUUUAAAUCUUCGUGGUUUCUCCUGUCAAAGUAGACCAUUCAUCCAGUAGUAGUUAUAAAACUUCUUUACACAAAACCCUUAACCCCUGAAAAAAAAUAAUAGAAAUUGGAGAUGGUAAAGACCUUAAAAAGUCAUCAAUUUAAUCUCCGUAGCGGCCAGUAGGGAUUUUUUUUAACAUAAUUUCUAGUGUUUUGUCCAACCUGCAGUAGGUUUACGUGUCUCUAGCAAUAAUUUCAUUUCCUAUGAGUCCAACUACCAAAGUUAAACAAUUUAUAGUUUGGGCAGGCCACAAGACAAUGGUAAGGAGAAAAGGGAAUCAAAAUGCUACUUUCUUUUGCAGGACUCAUGAUUUUUGAAUACUUGAGGUUGGUAAUCCUGCAGAUUGCUGAUCCAGAAAGCUUAAUACUGAACAAUUUAAAGAGAUACAUAUAUGGGACAUGUACCUCUUAAGUCUGAUAACCUGUGCCUGCAGGAAAAAACAGUGAUGGGAAGGACUUUAGCAAAAUAAAUAAAUAAAUAUUAGUGGCUCUAGUCUACACUUCAAAGCACUACAUUUUUGUAGAUAAGGGCUUUCUCCCUUAUCUGAGGUCAAAAUUUUGAAUGUGAAGGAUACUUAAAAUAAAGCAAGGAUGCAUCCUAGUCUCAAAAGAUGUCUUGGAUUUAUUGUAGCAGCCCAGUAGUAUGGGUAGUGGCUUUCAGCUGGCUGGCUUUGGAUCCAUGGCUAAAAUCAAGUUCUUGCUUAGAUAAUUUGCUAUUGAAAGGACAGUGUUUCAGAAGAGAAAUCUGUAUUCAUCAUCAUUACUAAUUUGCUCCAGUUUCUGUGAUUCUUUCCCCAAAAGCAUCCUUCCCAUCCUGUUAAGUGUACACUAUAUAAUGAUUUUGUUGGCCACACUUAGAUGAAAAUAUAAUUCCUGAGGCAUUAAUAGGAAAGAUAACAGAGUUAAUAGGCUGAAUAGGCCUGUCUCCAUGAAGGCUUAUUUUACAAAUUGCUUCCCAGAAGGUUACUUGGACUUUAGUAUGCAUGACUAUUUAAAAUAUAAUCAGCCUGUGACCAAGGCAGCCCACUUCACUGUGUGGUGUGAGGAUGUUAAACACAAUGAGCAUUUUAGAUCACUAGAUAAGGAUAGAUGAAUUCCCUUGCUGUAAAUGCAGAACCUGAAUGUUUCCAAGGAAGACUAGUUCUACAUUGAAAUGCUUUCCAUAUGCUUCCCUUUUCUAUGACAGUUAUGUGUGCAAACUGGGUGAGCCAGGAUUUUCUGGUAUUGAUAAAUGCAAAUGUUCUUUUUGCUGGGAGACUUAAUCAGUGGAUGCCAGUGGAAGAAAGUGCAGUGGAAGCAAAUGCUCUUGCUACUGUGUGAUGUGACUCAUGUAUCAUAUCCUUAGUUAAUGCAGUGCUCUAGUUUGCCGCCAGAUUAAUAUAUUCAGCUUUGUUAGUAACAGCGUGUCUAACUUUGGACUUUGUUAUUGUCCACUGAUAUAGCAUAAUUCUUUGCCCCUGGAAUCUCCUGGAAAAAUGAGUCAGUGUGAUUUGCUAUGUUUUGAGACUGGUUGUUAAAAAAAGAAUCCUCUGAGUUCUGUGUAUUAAAUUUAAUUUUGUCAGUGUAUAUCCCCACCACAUCACAGCUGGAUGAAAUGGAUUUUUUGUAACCUAGAUUGUUUUGUUUAAUUGGAAGACACUCUUUUAAAAGUUCAUCCAGGCUUAUUUCUUUUGAUAUUGCUUCAUUAAAAUCAGCUUGUCUUGGAGAAAAUGAAGUUACACUCUCCCAUUUACCCUCAGGAGUCAAGCAUUUGUGAAAGUUACAAUGAGGCAAUGGUGCAAUCAAGGUAAUUGUAAUAAAUUUUAGUUAGGAAGGCAAGGUGCAAAAGGCUGAACAUAGAGCUUGGUAACAGAACUCUGAGUGUACUUCAAAAUGGGUUUCUUUCUGUAUCAAAUGGUAUUGAAGGAUGAAGGUUAUGUCAAGGCUAAUUGAAUCCCUUUCCUGAGCUUUUGUAGACAGUGUUCUAAUUCCCACUACAUUUUGGGUCUCCAGCAAGUGCCUCAUUAACCUUUUUGGCUGUGCCCUAAUUGAUAGAGAUUUCUCCAGCUAUGCUACUUAUGAGAAACACUUCCACCUUAAGGAUAAAGCAUCUUCUACCUUUCUGUUAACUGGGUAACUUUAGUUUAAAACUUAAGAUAUCUUGCUCAAAAAGGAAUCAUGGAUAAAAGUGAGGCAGCCUUAAUUACACACCAAUCUUUUCCAAAGCUAGAGCCUGUAAUGCAUGGUUAAUUGUUUUCAAAGAAAAAUCUUAACUUGUGCAUACAGCUUCUGUCAUGUGACAACAUAUAUAAAACCCAAGAGUUAGGAUCCAGUGAGGAUAGCUUAAAUUCAGGUAAAAUAAGUAGAUUUUGUAGCUGGUUGUCUUUAUUGAAAAGGAACUGUUAAAUGUUCACCUUUAAGAGGCAGAUAUUACAUUUUUAAUGGUCCCUGCAGUUUAUUUUUCUCUCUGUAAUAAAUAUUGAAAAUUACUUUGCCUUGAAUGUCAAAAACUAGGAUUCGUCAUUGUAAUCUAAAAAUUUUGUUUCAAUCAUUUUUAUUUUGUAAAAAUGGGGUGGUUGAUCUAUUUUAUAGACCAUGCUUUAGCAGCCUUUUAUAAAUCAAAAUAUGGUGGUGCAGUGUAAUCCUAAAAUACUUUAAGGUGGGUCUGCGUAUGGAGGAACUUUCUUAACAAGCUUUAAAAGUUAGUUUAUGAUCUCUUAUGUUACGGUUGCAACACACUGUCUAAUCCAUCAGAAUAUGCUUUGUAUAUAUUUUUAAAUAGAAGGUUUUUUUCAGAGAGUAAAUUGUUUCAAGGAAAUUCGAGUAGUUGAGUAGUUCAGCAUUAAAAUGUGUAACUUAUUCGGUUUCCUUAAAAGACCUAAAUUUUGCAGUGAAAAUGCUGACCUAGGUUCAACUAAAAUAAAGACAAUUUACUGUAGAUUGUAUGGGCUAAAUUAAUCCCUCUGUAACUCAGCUGAUUAAGUAAAGUUCCAGAGAGUUACCUUUGGCUGUAUAUGGUUAGUAAAAUCCUGUGAAACACAUUAUAAAUCAGUAAUCCUAAAAAUGACAUAAGAGAUCUGUCAAACUGGCCAACUAAACAAACUUGUUAAAGUAACCACACUGCAUCAGUCUAUGUUAAAAAAAAAAUGGGGGGGGGGGCAAUAAAUGUACUUUACAUUAAGAUUUAGUAGCAGUAUCCCAAAUACU